AGGGGAUUUGGGGUCCCCGGGUCCCUCCCGGUGAUUUUUGGGUCCAUUUCAGGCGAUUUUGGGUCCCUUUAAGGAGAGUUUGGGUCCAUUUAAGGCGAUUUUGGGUCCAUUUCAGGCGAUUUUGGGCCCUCCCGGUGAUUUUUGGGCUCCCCCAGGUGAUUUUUGGGUCCAUUUCAGGCGAUUUUGGCUCCCCCAGGUGAUUUUUGGGUCCAUUUGAGGCGAUUUUGGCUCCCCCAGGUGAUUUUUGGGUCCAUUUCAGGCGAUUUUGGCUCCCCAGGGGAUUUUUGGGUCCAUUUAAGGCAAUUUUUGCUCCCCCAGGUGAUUUUUGGGUCCCUUUAAGGCGAUUUUUGCUCCCCCAGGUGAUUUUUGGGUCCAUUUGAGGCGAUUUUGGCUCCCCCAGGUGAUUUUUGGGUCCAUUUGAGUCGAUUUUUGCUCCCCCAGGUGAUUUUUGGGUCCAUUUGAGGCCAUUUUGGUGCUUCUCAGGCGCUUUUGGCUCCUCCCAGGCGACUUCCGGGUCCAUUGUCGGGGAUUUCGGCCCCCCCAGGUGCGCCCACCUGGCCAGGUGCGAUGGGCGAGGCCGAGGAGCCCCCGCGGGACCCCCCGGGGCCGCUGGCGCUGCUGCGCUCGCGCGCGCUCGACGUCACCUUCGAGGUGGGCGACGACUACGAGGUGAUCGAGACCAUCGGCACCGGCGCCUACGGCGUGGUCAGCUCGGCCCGGCGGCGGGACACAGGGCAGCAGGUGGCCAUCAAGAAGAUCCCCAACGCCUUCGACGUGGUGACCAACGCCAAGCGGACGCUGCGCGAGCUGAAGAUCCUCAAGCACUUCAAGCACGACAACAUCAUCGGCAUCAAGGACAUCCUGCGGCCCAGCGGGCCCUACGGAGAGUUCCGGAACGUCUACGUCGUGCUGGACCUCAUGGAGAGCGACCUCCACCAGAUCAUCCACUCCUCCCAACCGCUCACCCUUGAGCACGUCCGCUACUUCCUCUACCAACUCCUCCGCGGCCUCAAGUACAUCCACUCGGCCAACGUCCUCCACCGCGACCUCAAGCCCAGCAACCUCCUGGUCAACGAGAACUGCGAGCUCAAGAUCGGCGACUUCGGCAUGGCGCGCGGCCUGGGCGCCGACCCGCGCCAGAACAAGCCCUUCCUCACCGAGUACGUGGCCACGCGCUGGUACCGCGCGCCGGAGCUGCUGCUCUCCCUGCACCGCUACACCCGCGCCAUCGACAUGUGGUCGGUCGGCUGCAUCUUCGCCGAGAUGCUGGGGCGCCGGCAGCUCUUCCCGGGACGCAACUACGUGCACCAGCUGCAGCUGAUCAUGGCGGUGCUGGGCACGCCCCCGCCGGGCGUCAUGGCGGCCAUCGGCGCCGAGCGCGUCCGCGCCUACGUGCAGAGCCUGCCGCCGCGCCCGCCGGUGCCCUGGGAGAGCCUCUUCGGCCACGCCGAGCCGGCGGCGCUGGCGCUGCUGGGCCGGAUGCUGCGGUUCGACCCGCGCGAGAGGGUGGGCGUGGCCGAGGCGCUGCGCCACCCCUUCCUGGCCAAAUACCACGACCCCGAGGACGAGCCCGAGUGCGUGCCGGCGUUCGACUUCGCCUUCGACCGGCAGGCGCUGACCAAGGAGGAGAUCAAGGCGGCCAUCGUGGCCGAGAUCGCCGACUUCCACGCGCGGCGCGACGGCAUCCGCCGGCAGAUCGCGCCGGCGCCGGGGGGCGUGGCCGACAGCGGCGCCAACAAGGCCGGCGUCGGGGCCAACAUGGCCGCCGCCGGCGGCGACGUCGAGCUGGACGCGGUCAGCGCCGAGGCGCCAUCAUGGCCGCCCUGCGCCGACGUGGACAUGCCCAGCCCCGGCCCCGCCCCCGACUGCCCCAUGGAGUCGCCGCGGGUGAAGGCGGAGCCGGGGGCGGGGCAGGGGGCGGGGCCGGCGGCGGUGGCUCCGCCCAAGAGGGACGGCGCCAUCUCGGACGACACCAAGGCGGCGCUGAAGGCGGCGCUGCUGAAAUCGGCGAUGAGGAACAAGAGUAAAGACCCGCCAUGCGCCGCCCCGGAGGCGCCCGAGGGCCGGAAGCCGGUGACGGCGGCCGAGCGCCAGCGCGAGCGCGAGGAGAAGCGCCGGCGCCGCCAGGAGCGCGCCAAGGAGCGCGAGAAGAAACAGCGCGAGCGCGAGCGCCGCGAGCCACGCCCCCGGGGGGAGGGGCUCCACGGCCUCGUCCUCACCGACGACGACCGACACCUCCUGGAGCGCUGGACCAAGAUGGCCGACGGCGCCCAGCCCCGCCCGCAAGCCCCGCCCCCCUGCGCGGCCCCGCCCAAUGAGGCGUGGGCGGGCGCUCCGGCGUGGGCGGAGCCUGCGGGCGACGCCGACGUCGCCACGGUGACGCAGCAGCUGCAGAAGUCGCAGGUGGAGGACCCGCUGCCGCCGGUGUUCCCGGUGACGCCCAAGGGCAGCGGCGCCGGUUACGGCGUCGGCUUCGACCUGGAGGAGUUUCUGAGCCAAUCGCUGGACAUGGUGGGCGAGGCCAAGGACAGCCAGGCCGACUCGGCGCCGCUCUCGGCGUCGCUCCUGGCCGACUGGCUGGAGGUUCACCGCCUCAGCCCCGCCGCCCUCGAGAGCCUCCAGCGCGACCUCCAGCUCGGCUCGCCCAUGCUGCUGGCCGACGACCUCCCCGACCCCUGACCCCGCCCCCUCCCCGGCCACGCCCCCUCAUUACCCUCCCCUCGG